UCGGCAGUCAUGUCGGCGCUGAAGUCGAGUCGCUCGUUGCCAGAGUCCUGAAAAAAAUCGCCAGUGUAACUCAUUCUGCAGUUUUUAUACUGAAGAAUAAAGCGUGUCAAGAUUAUGUGUUGAGGGGAAGCAAGGCGUUCGUUGCAGUAUUGAUUUAUUUUGAGUCUAUCUGUUUUCUCAGUUAGUUGCUUGAGCCAUGACAUCGCUAUCAGAGGAGGUUCUGCUGGUGGUGAAAAAGGUCCGACAGAAGAAGCAGGAUGGUACACUCUAUCUGAUGGCUGAACGUAUAGCCUGGGGUCCAGAAGGCAAAGAUCGCUUCACAGUCAGCCACUUGUAUGCAGAUAUCCGCUGUCAGAAGAUCAGCCCUGAUGGGAAAGCCAAAGUCCAGCUCCAGCUCGUCCUUCACACUGGCGAGAGCACCACAUUCCACUUUGCCAACGAGAGCACUGCACUCAAAGACCGAGAGGCUGCCAAGGAACUGCUGCAGCAGCUGCUGCCCAAGUUCAAGAAGAAAGCCAACAAGGAGCUGGAGGAGAAAAACAGGAUGCUUCAAGAAGAUCCGGUGCUUUUCCAGCUAUAUAAAGACCUUGUGGUUAGCCAAGUGAUCAGUGCUGAAGAAUUCUGGGCCAACCGGUUAGGAGGCAUUAACAACACAGACCCCUCACCGUAUAACAACAAACAGGAAGUUGGUAUAUCUGGAGCAUUUUUGGCAGACAUUAGACCUCAAACUGAUGGUUGCAAUGGCUUGAGAUAUAACCUGACAGCUGACAUUAUUGAAUCCAUCUUCAGAACAUAUCCUGCAGUGAAGCAGAAGUAUAGCGAAAAUGUGCCUCAUAACCUGACAGAAAAGGAGUUCUGGACCCGCUUUUUCCAGUCCCAUUAUUUUCACAGAGACCGCAUCAACACAGGGACACAGGAUAUCUUCUCAGAGUGUGCAAAGCAGGAUGAGAAGGGGUUAAAGUCUCUCGUGACUCAAGGAGUAAAGAAUCCUUUGGUUGACCUCCAGUCGUUGGAGGAUAAAACAUUAGAUGAGGGUUAUGGAAUUUGCACAACACAGCCCUCAACUUCCAAUGCAAACAAGUCGGUGAAGGACAGCAGUAACUCUGCCAUUAUAAAGCGGUUCAACCAUCACAGUGCCAUGGUCCUGGCAGCAGGCUCAAGGAGAGGGGAGUUGGCGUCUGACCAAGCCAGUGAGACGAGCAGUACAGAUGGAAACUCGAGGGAUUCUGACUUCUUUCAACCUCCUGUUAAGAAGGUUAAACUACAGGAAGCCAUAGAAUUUGAGGAUCUGCAAAGGGAAAACAGACCAAAAACAGUCCCAUUAAACCUGAAGAAGUCUGACAGGUAUGCUCAUGGACCUGUGCCACUUCAAUCCCAGCAGUAUACAACUAGCCAAGAUAUCAUCAACUCUGUCAACUACAUCCGUCAUGAGAUGGCUAGUUACAAACCCAGCCUCACUCAGGUUAGAGCCCAGACUUUGUGUUUCUGUUACUUUAGCACUUGGCUAAAGAUGAUGUCAUCAGAUCUUAACCUGCAUUCACAUACUCAUUCAGACUACAAUUAGAUGCAUGCAUGCUAA